GGGUCCUGCGACGGGAUGUGAUAGGUCUGGAUUUCAUUACAGUGCAGUCUCCUUCAGCUCGCCCUCCAACCGGAGAAGCCUCCCUCGGCCGUGCGGUGUGAGGAACAUCUUGUUUAAAGUCACUUUAGUGUGCCGCUAGCCCCUUCUUCUACUGGUACAAUGGCUGUGCCUCCUUCAUAUGCUGACCUGGGCAAGUCUGCCAAGGACAUCUUCAACAAAGGCUAUGGAUUUGGCUUGGUGAAGCUUGAUGUCAAGACAAAGUCAGCCAGUGGAGUGGAAUUUAAAACAUCCGGGUCCUCCAACACUGAUACCAGCAAAGUGGCGGGCAGCUUGGAAACUAAAUAUAAAAGGUCAGAAUAUGGCCUCACUUUCACUGAGAAGUGGAACACUGACAACACCUUGGGAACAGAGAUCACUAUUGAAGAUCAGAUUGCCAAGGGACUGAAGCUGACUUUUGACACAACCUUCUCACCAAACACCGGCAAGAAGAGUGGCAAAGUUAAGACAGCCUACAAGCGCGAGUAUGUCAACUUGGGCUGUGAUGUUGACUUUGACUUCGCUGGCCCCACUAUCCAUGGAGCUGCUGUUGUAGGUUACGAGGGCUGGCUUGCUGGUUACCAGAUGACCUUUGACACGGCCAAAUCCAAGAUGACCCAGAACAACUUUGCCAUUGGCUACAAGACAGGAGACUUCCAGUUGCAUACCAAUGUCAAUGACGGAGCAGAGUUUGGAGGCUCUAUCUACCAGAAAGUGAGCGACAAGCUGGAGACAGCAGUCAACCUGGCAUGGACCGCAGGCAGCAACAGCACACGCUUCGGCAUCGCAGCCAAAUACCAGCUGGACAAGGAUGCUUCCCUCAGUGCUAAAGUGAACAACACUAGCCUUGUUGGUGUUGGGUACACCCAGACUCUUAGACCAGGUGUGAAACUCACCCUGUCUGCUCUGGUGGACGGAAAGAGCAUCAACGCAGGAGGCCACAAGCUUGGUUUGGGGUUGGAGCUGGAGGCCUAAACUCUCCUCAGAUUGCAGGGGACUAGGGAAUAUCAGAAGAAUCUGGCCUUAAGUGUAUUUCCAACUCAAACCAGCAAGGGGAAAUCUUUUGAGAGAUUGGUUCAAAGGCUACAACAACAAACUCUGUAUUUCCUUGAGUACCAAUUAAAGUUGGUGCUUGCAUCAUUGGUAUAUUUAUCUUGUUUUUGCUUUUUACUUUGUAGUUGUAUCUAUUCAAGAGACAAACUGUGGUUGAUUAUGUAUACACCUCGUCAUUGUUUCUGUCCAGCACUGCCAUGACAAUGAAAUCCAAUACAAGUCACUCUGCCUGUUGUCAACUCAUUUGUGUUAAUCCCCGACACAUUGUAUUUCGUGAGAAAAUAAGUUGGAUUUGUGGGGUGAGCUUGGUCAUACCUUCUCUCUGAUUUGACAAUUAUGAUCAUCUGAUAUUCCUCUGUCAUCUGAACCCAUCUCAUUUGCAAACCAUGUCGAAUACACUAGGCUUUUUCUGCUAUUAUUUAAAUACUGCUGUACCUUUCCUCUUCAUGCACACAAGGACAAACUAAAGCUCUGUAGUGUUUUGUUUCGUGUCGGCCAUCAGGGUUUGAGAUGUUCUGUUAAAGCUGUACAUGACCCUCCCUUAAACUGGGCAGUUUUUGGGUGGCAUAAAAUUGGGUCUGUAAGUUUGGGAGAAACCUGUGUACUUGGCCGACCAAACAGAAUCUUUUUUGUUUUGCUUAUUUUUUACUUAACAGACAACUGAGGGACAUAAUUAUUGUUCACAGUAAUGCCAAACUGGAUUGUUGUCCGGAUGUGGUGUAAUUAAAGUUGCACGUGUACACUCUCUUGGUAAAGCUGCCUUGUACUGGGCAGCAGGGACAGUGCCCACAGGAAGUCUUGGAGGUCCUUAUGUGUAUGUAUAACUUUUCAAUAAAGUCUUUGAACUCCA